AUGGUCUACUGUGGUCCGCCAAGCCGUGGGUGCGAGACCUGCCGAAAGAGAAAGAUCCGCUGCGACCAGCUCCCGCUCCCUGACGGCUGCUCCCAAUGCUCCAAGGCCAAGCGCCAGUGCCCGGGCUACCGUGACCUACAGCAGGUGCUGUUCCGCAACGAGAGCGCCAAGGUCGAGAGGCGCGUCCAGCGCAGCUCCCAGCCCAAGAAAAAGCAAUCCACCGCCCCCCCGGUCCGACAUCCAUCCGCGAACUCUUCUUCCUCUAGCUUCUCCUUCGCCCAUACCUAUCCUCAAGCCUUGGCUUCGUCCGAAGAUGCCCCCGUCCAAGAGAAAACCGACAGCAGCACCCUUGUCAUCCGCCGACCAGGCUGGGCAGGGAACCCAGGUCCGGCCAGAUUAACCAACACACGAGACGUCUUCGACCAUGGCACCGCCACCGGCCUGUAUGCCCUGGUGCCCUCGAUGGAUGACCGCGCCGCCGGCUUCUUCUUCUCCAACUUCUGCAACUAUGUAGUCUUCUCCGCUGCCGGCGACGCCGGCCCCGGCCCCGUAGCCCAGCCCGGCAUGCGCGCCGACCUGUGGCAGACCUCCAUCGACCCCCACCUGUUUACCAGCAUGAAAGCCGUGGGCCUGUACGGCCUGUAUCGCCACAGCCGCAACCCGGAGUUCGAGAAGCUGGCCUGGCGCCGCUACCUCGACGCCAUCCGCGUGACGAACGAGGCCCUGCGUAACCCGGCCGUGGCCACUAAGGAUAGCUCGUUGCUGGCCGUCAUCAUCUUGGGACUGUUCGAGAGCAUCAGCGGCCGCACCCGCCAGUCGCUGGAGGCGUGGGAGAACCACGUGAACGGCGCUGCCGCCCUGGUCAGCAUGCGCGGCCGGCGCCAGCUCGAGUCGGCCGUGGGCCGCCGGAUGCUCAUGCAGAUCACGUCGAGCCUGCUCAUCAGCUGCUUGCAACGCGACGUGCCCUUCCCCGAACCCAUCAAGGAGCUCAUGCUGGACGCCACCACCGACGGCCUCGUCGACCCGGCCAAUCCGCUGUACCGCCUGCGCGAGAUCAUGGUGGCCGUCGCCGACUUCCGCUCCGCCUGGCGCCAGGGUGCCGUGUGGGACUAUCGCGCUGUCGUCGUGCGCUCGCAAGAGCUGGACGGUGAGAUGGCCGCUCUCGUAUCCUCAUUGCCGCCGUCGUGGCACUACCGCGUCGUGCACACCACCGACGACCCGGAGAUCGUGGUCAACGGACACUAUCACGUCUACUCGAACUACUGGCAGGCCCAGGUGUGGAACAGCAUCCGCACCUGCCGCUUGCUGGUUCUGAACAUGAUGCGCCAGGCCCUCCUCGCCGGCUUCGCCCGCACCCCGCCCGUCUUCGACCAGCCGCAUGACAUGCAGGCUUUCGCCGAGUGCACAAACACCCUGUACCAGCUGCAAGCAGAGGUACAGGCCAGCGUGCCCCAGCACAUCGGCUACCUGUCCGCCGUGCGCCAGCGCGAGCGGUACGCCAAAUACAGCAGCAAAGCGUCCUCCCCCACAACCUCCAACACAUCGUCUUCCCCUCCAUCAUCAUCAUCACCAUCACCCGCCUCCUCCACCUCCUCCCCACCCACCCAACCCUCCGACGCCCCCUACACCCGCAAAACCCUCAUCACCCGCCUCGGCCUCCUCUCCUUCCCCUGGUCCGACUUCGCCCCCGAAACCACCACCUCCUCCUCGCACCUCUCGCCGCCCUCGCCCUCCCCCAACAACUCCACACCCUCCGACUCCGACGCGCCCCCCUUCUACGACGACCCCUGCUCCGACGACUGGCAGCUCGCGUCCACCCACCUCCCCGUCGUGCGCAGCUACGGCUCCGCCCUGCUGCUGUGGACCCUCUUCCUCGUCGGCAACCAGGACGUGACGACUCGCGCCACCCAGGCCUGGGCGGCCGCGACGUGCGCGCACAUCGGCGAGGCCAUGGGGCUGCGCCAGGCGAAUGUGCUGGCGGAUAUCUUGAAGGAGAGGAUCGAGAGGGAGGCGAGGGAGGGGGUUGUCAGGGGGGAGGGGUGA